GCUGCGCAUCUCCGCCACUUCUUCCAGGCGAUUAGCCGGAAUCUGCGGCCAUGUGGAGAAGAAGAAACUCACUGAGUCACUUUACUCAACUCGCCACCUCUUCCUCGUCCAAGUUCAACUGCCACAAUAACCUUCAACCAACUUCUCUUCGUCUGUUGCAAAUCCCAGACGUUGACCAGGGCUAUGGAUUACUCACUAGAUCCAGCUCCACCGCUGUGGGGCCGUCCUCCAAUUCGGGGAAACUAGGUAUUUCGGGACUCGAUCGGGUACGGGCGUUCGGGUCAACUGCUGAUAUCGUCGGUGCGACGACGUUAGGAGCGAGGGAAGUGGUUGAUAUGGCAAGACAUUAUGGUCGGUGUUAUUGGGAGCUCUCCAAAGCUAAGCUUAGCAUGCUAGUGGUUGCUACAUCUGGAGCUGGUUAUGUUCUUGGGAGCAGUAGUACCGUUGACUUAGCAGGACUUUGUUACACUUGUGUGGGAACCAUGAUGGUGGCAGCAUCUGCUAACACCUUAAAUCAGGUAUUUGAGGUUAAGAAUGAUGCAUUGAUGAAUAGAACAAUGAGAAGACCAUUACCUUCAGGACGCCUUACUAUUCCUCAUGCAGUUACAUGGGCUUCUUCUGUUGGUCUUGCUGGCACAGCUCUACUGGCAAGCAAGGCUAAUUUAUUGGCAGCUGGACUUGGAGCUUCAAAUCUCAUUCUCUAUGCAUUCGUAUACACCCCAUUGAAGCAGAUACAUCCAGUGAAUACUUGGGUUGGGGCUGUUGUCGGUGCAAUUCCUCCUCUUCUUGGGUGGGCUGCAGCUUCUGGUCAGGUUUCACUUAAUGGAUGGCUCCUUCCUGCUGCCCUUUAUUUUUGGCAAAUACCGCAUUUUAUGGCCCUUGCAUAUUUAUGCCGAGACGACUACGCAGCUGGAGGGUUUAAGAUGUUCUCUCUUGCUGAUCCUUCGGGUAGGAGAACAGCUUUGGUGGCUUUGAGGAAUUGCAUCUAUUUGAUUCCAUUGGGAUACUUGGCGUACGACUGGGGUAUAACUUCCGGAUGGUUCUGUCUCGAAUCAACACUCCUUGCUCUAGCAAUCAGUGGAACUGCAGUCUCAUUUCUCAAAAACCGUACAAAAGCAAGUGCAAGAAGAAUGUUCCACGCAAGUCUUCUCUAUCUUCCGGUUUUCAUGUCUGGGCUUAUGUUCCACCGCAUUUAUGAUGAUGAUCAUCAAUCACUUGAAACCGAAAACACCAAGGAUCAUAUGGUCAUUUCUCACACAACUACUGCCUACGAGCAAGAUAGCAGAAAUCCCGACAGGGUGAAACAGAACCAUUCACGCCCACCUGUGGCAUAUGCAUCUGUCGCCCCAUUUCCUUUUCUGCCCGCUCCUAUAUAUUCAUCCUCUUGAGUUUUGCAGCGUGUUUAAUAUACAGCACCUAAUGAUUAUGAGAUCAUUGUAGAAAGUUAACCUGUAAAAGCAUUUCACAGUGGUUUUAAUCGAGCGUAGGGUUGGCACAAAGAUGUAAUCGGGUUCUUGUUCAUUGUAUAAUUGGUCUGAAUGUACAUUGUGCUCUAAGGAUUCGAUCCUCUAGAGCUGUUUUUGCGUUUUUCUGC